CUUAUGGCCGCCUCAUCACUUGCGCCGAGUGCUUGCUUCGUUUGCUUAAAAGAAUCACUGUCUGCCCUUAUCGUUCCCCCCGCUUUGUUUUCGUAGCUUUCAAUUUCAUGGCGGAGAAGUCCACAAACGAGCAUAUUUUAGAGCAGAUGAAACAUGGGUUUGCCCAUUUUGAGCUCGUCUCUUCGCCACUUCCUUCAAUUUCCACCUCCAAACCUCACUCAUUUCCUCCGCCUUUCUUCUCUGCCAACACCCAUCGCUUCUUCGCUAGAAUCGGGCCUUCACUGGGUUCACAUUCGAUGAAAAAAGUAGAGCGUUAUUCAGUUCAGAAAGUUACCGGAGAUGGGCGCUGUCUAUUUCGUUCUCUGGUCAAAGGAAUGGCUUUCAACAAGGGCAUCUCUCUUAAUCCACGAGAAGAGAGAAAUAAUGCAGAUGAACUACGAAUGGCUGUGAAAGAGGUUAUAUGUGAUAGUAAAGAAGAACGCAAACAGUACGAAGAAGCAGUUAUUGCAAUCACGGUUGAUGAGUCUUUGAAACGUUACUGCCAACGCAUUCAGCGACCUGAUUUUUGGGGAGGCGAGUCAGAGCUACUGGUGCUGUCAAGAUUGUGUAAUCAGCCAAUCAUUGUUUACAUACCAGAGCAUGAGCACGCCAGUGGUGGGUGGGGCUCUGGCUUUAUUCCCAUAGCAGAGUACGGAGCUGAGUUCCAGAAGGGCUCUUGGAAGGGAAAGCCAAGGAAAGCUGUGAGGCUACUGUACAGUGGUAAGAAUCAUUACGACUUGCUUGUCUGAGGCUUCAGAAGUAGACUUUUAUCAUGGGCGGAUGAAAACCAGCAUUGAUAAUUGCCAAAGAAAGUGAUGCUGAUGCUAUUUUGUACUGUUAGUAUUUAAGGAGGAUGUAGUCUUGCAGGGAUUUCCUGCUUUAUGCGAAAGAAAUUGAAAAUCAUGCAAAGCCUGCAUGCUCUUUUCCA